AUGGCGCGGGGGCUCGCGCGCGCGGUGUCGCUGCUCCUCGCGGCGGCGCUGUCGCUCCUCCCGCGCGUCGCGCGCGCGCAGGAGUGCACGCCUCUGAGCAGCAUCUCCAUCUUCAUGGUGUUCCAAGAGGACAACCCCGAUCAGGUCUUCUUCAGCGAGAACGGAUGCCUCAGCGGCGGAGGCCGCGGGACGGGAUGCUGCCCGGGAAGCGAGUGCGCGGUCUGCGAGCCGAACCAGGUCACGUCCGUGUCCGGCAAGACGAUGAAGUGGAACAGCUGCAUGUGCGAGCCGUGCAAACCCGGCAGCGUGCAGUUCCGCGUCGGGCAGUCCGCGUGCGUGGAGUGCCCCGCGGGAUGGUACCAGCCCCUGGAGGGGCAGACGGAGUGCCAGCAGUGUCCGAGCGGGACGUUCAAUCCCUCCACGGGGAGGUCGGAGAACUGCGUGCUGUGCCCGCCGGGAACGUUCAGCAAGUCCGACAUCCUCGCCUACCGCGAGGCGACGACGAAGCUGUACCGCGGACUGAACACCGAGUUCGACGAGACCGCGGGCGCGGUCGUGUGCACCAACUGCGCGGCGGGGACGUACCAGCCGAGCGCGGGCGGAAGAAACGCGGAGGAGUGCCUCCCGUGCCCGCGAGGGACGUACAGCGACGCCGGCGCCGCGGAGUGCACGCUUUGCCCCGCGGGGUUCUAUCAGCCGCACGCCGGGCAAGCCGGCGCGGGGUCGUGCCUGCCGUGCCAGGCUGGGAAGUGCAGCGACACGCCGGGGUCCGUGGACUGUUACCAGUGCUGCCCGGUGGCCAACCUGCGUUGCGACGCGUAUCUGAAACGCGCGCAAGGGUUCUACGGCACCGUGGACUGGUACGGCAACGGCGAGGACCCGGGGGAGAACAUCGACGACAUGUACGACAUAUUCCUCCUACAGCUGUGUCUGAGAGGGUGCGAGACGUACAGCGUCGCGAACUGGUGCGCGACGGGGACGUGCACGGGUAUCUCGGACGCGUUAGCCGCGGCCAUCGCCGCGAAAGGAAAUUGAAUCGACGACGGACGGAGGAUUCUUCUAACUACACGUAGUGUCCGUGGUUUCACGAAGGUAGUUUGCUAGCUAGCGUAGCUAUGUUGUAGGUAGUCGUAGCGUGAUGUGGGCGUG